UUUCCUAGGCCCCACCUAUUUUACUUAAAGUGAACUCUGCCGUUAAAAAUCUGCCACGUAAACUUGCGCACUUGUUGUUUUAGUUGGAAAAAGUCAGAUACAACUAAUCUCCAAUUUUGAAGAUUUUGUGGGACCCAAGCAACCAACGCCACCGUCCUACUGACCCAGUGGAUUCUCUCAGCUUGGCUUGGCAUUCACAGUGUGGCUGCCUCGCAGUCCAGAAGAAGAAAAGCUUAAACCGCCAUCGCAGUUGCCGAACUCGUCGGAGCUGGUCCUCUCCGGCGACAAAACAGUUGAAUCCCGCUGGGUUAGUUCAGUAGGCCAUGGCAUCGAAGUUGCCUCAGUUGGGAACAAAGUUGGCUCAAUCAGCGCAGUUGGGUAAUGCCUACUUCAAGCAGCUGUUAGAGAGAAACAAGCAGUAUAUCCAGGAGCCACCCACCGUUGAGAAGUGUCAAACAUUAGCAAAACAAUUGUUUUAUACUCGUCUUGCCAGCAUUCCUGGUCGUUAUGAAUCAUUCCAGAAGGAAGUUUACCAUUUCAAGCAGCUAAUAAAAAACAGGGAUGCACUGAAGGUAGAAAAUGCUGGAAUUAUUGCUCUGUUUGGACUGGAGUGCUAUGCCUGGUUUUGUGCUGGUGAGAUUGUGGGAAGGGGAUUUACAUUUACAGGUUACCGUGUUUAAGGUCAUUGUUUUAGGAAUAAAUAUUUUAGCUCAGUUGUAGAAGAAUCUUAUAUAUUUUUUUCUGAAAAUUUUGAAGCAAAGCUGAUGAGUCGGCAAAACGAAGCUGCAAACAUUAUAAUUGUUAUCUAAAAUUUGAUAUUAAUUUCAUUUUCUUAA